AUGGGCGUCUCCAUAGUGACGCGAUCUGGCGGGCGGGGCGAAACAGCUGGAUGCGGUAGACCCUUACCGAUCAAUAUGCAUCUUUUCGAUGUGUUCGGUAUACUCGCUCUGAUCAAUUGUGCAAUUACAGAAUGGGAGAUACCUUUUCAAAUCAGCGACCACUUCCUCCGAGUUAUUGGUGGAUAUCCAACAUUUAUUGAAUCAUACUAUCCAACAUUAGAAAAUGUUACAAUUAAUGAGCCUCAAGAACGACUUCCACCACUAUGGACAAGCAAAUCUGACAGACUAUUGAAAUGGUCUUGUUAUGUGUUUCCUGGCGAUGGUAAGACGUGCAGGUCAACAAUUACCGCCGACUCUUGUCGCAAUGGAUCCCAAUUUUCUGUUUCCUUCUGGUCGACUGCAAAUUAUUCCUGUGAGAAAGAGAACCAGAUGGUCCCGUGUGCAAAUAUAAUACAAGUUGGUAACGUUUGUCAGAACGCUGUGAUUGAGAUUCAUAAUGAUUCAAGUGUACACUUCGUGCUGAAAGACUUGCAGUUGCCUUCUGUUGUCACUCAAACUUACACUGAGGACGAGAAUGUCAACAAAUCUGUGAAAUGUCAUCAUACUGGCUCUCUUAUCACCGGAUCACAACCGCUUCAAUUCUUACAAGCAGGAACAAACGGUCGUUGUGAACGAAGUGCUAAGUUGGCAAAAUUCGGUGUAAACACAACUACAGAGUGCAUCUUGGAGACAGCAAGAUUUGUCGAUAAAAGCGGUUGCCUACUAGCUGAUCAGCUGAGGGAAUUCUUUGUUCCAAAUGUUUCGCACAUUUGCAAUUGUGGUUUGUGUGAGACACCGCUACUAAGACAACAACCACUUACACAUGACUACAAUACCACAACAUGCAUCUUUCCGCACAUGGUUACAGUAACUUUCGUACAUGCCAACGGAUACAUAAACGGUGCACACGUGAGUUAUGGAUACCGUGCACUCUCUCACAAAGACUCUAACAUUCUUCUCAAAACCCGCACAAUUUUCGUCGAAUAUCGUGCUCCAUGCCAGAAAACAAGAUUCGAACUCAAGCGUGGUCUUUUCCAUUGUCCAUCAGAUGUGACAUGUUGGCGAGAACUAUGGGUACCGUUCGAAGACGUCACACAGUCUACAGUAUCCCAAAUUGGAUGUGCAGUUGUCAUUCUUGGCCUAUCACUACUGGUUAUGAGGCAUAAUCGACCAUCAGGUCCACAAUGCGAUUGCAAGUCCUUACGAGCACAACGUGAAUAA